UCAUCCGUGCUGAGUCGUCGGCACACUCAGUGGAAGGACAGACGGACUUGACAUCCCCUGCACACAGGCCAGAAAUGGUCCUCCUGCUGCUGCUGGUAGUGCUGACUCUCAGCGCUGAGGCCAAGGGGGAGAAUAAGACACUUGUGAGGAAGAAGAGAGCGUGGAUUCUUCCUCCUUCCAAGUUGAUGGAGAACAUAGACUACACCCACAAGCCAUUCAUCGCCAAGAUUCGCUCCGAUCAUGACCUCACUACAAAAGUGGAUUACUAUCUUUCUGGACCGGGAGCAGACAAACCACCCAUCAACCUCUUUUUGGUGAACCAUGAAACAGGCUUUGUUACCAUCACUGGUAUCCUGGACCGCGAGGAAUAUCCAACCUACAACUUGACUGGAGUUGCUAAAUACAGAAAUGGAAGUGUAGCAGAAGAGAACAUCCCGCUGGUGGUCACAGUCCUAGACCAGAAUGACAACUCUCCAUAUUUUGAGCAGCAAUCUGGGAGCAUCAAAGAGGCAAGCAAACCAGGAACCUUUGUCAUGCAGAUUGUGGGGAAAGAUAAGGACCAAGCAGGACAUAUUAAUUCAGAGAUCUCCUACAGCAUCAUCAGCCAGGAGCCAGCAGGCACAGGUCACAUGUUCACCAUCGACGCAAAGACGGGCAAAGUGUACGUCAAAGAGCCGACGCUUGACAGAGAGAAUUAUGACUUGUACAAACUGGUUGUAAUGGGGAGAGAUUUGGCCGGAGCACCAGGAGGGCGAACGGGGACAGGAACAGUGGAGAUCAAGGUCGUGGAUAUUAACGAUAACAUCCCCACUCUGGAGAAAUCUGAGUGCUCCGGCUCGGUGGAUGAAAAUGUUGUUGACGUUGUUGUGAUGAGAAUCAAAGCUCUGGACAAGGAUCUUGAGUACUCAGACAACUGGGUGACCCUCUUUUCAAUCGACAAAGGAAACGAGGACAAUCUCUUCUCAAUUGAGACGGACAGAGAAACAAAUGAGGGCAUCCUGAAGCUAAUCAAGCCUGUGGACUUUGAGGAAAUCCAAAAUCUUGAGCUUGGCCUUCUGAUUAAAAAUGUAGCAUCUUUUGUGGAGGGUGGUCCGGGUGGAGUUGAUUGCAAGAUAGCGGUGAAUAAUAUGCCAGAGGAUCCAGCGUUCAUACCUGACACCAAGAUUGUUCCUGUGUCAGAAGAUCCAGAUAAAGAUCCUACAGACUGUGAUCACAGUGUUCCUGCUGAUCCAGACACAGGAAAACCAGCAGAAAAUGUCAAUUAUGCUAAAGCCUAUGAUCCAGACCACUGGUUUACCAUCGAUGAAAAAACGGCAGAGAUCAAACUCAACAAAGCACCUGACAAGGAGUCACCGUUCUUGGUGAAUGGAACGUACAUCGCCAAGAUUGUGGCGAUAACUAAAGACAUGCCGGCAAAGACAGCAACAGGAACAAUCGCCAUCCAAGUCUCUGACUUCAACGACCACUGCCCCACUCUCAAAACUAGCCACGUCACUCUGUGCUCGAACGAAAAAACGGUAUACGUCACCGGCCUGGACGAGGACUCCCAUCCCAACGCUGCGCCGUUCACGUUCAGAAUCCUGUCCGAGGGGACUCAUGGCAGCUGGGUUCUGGAAGUCCUCAAUGAGACGACUGCUGCUCUCCACUCUCAGGAGGCUCUGUGGCCGGGUACAUACGAGUUGCAAGUGGAGGUGUCGGACAAUCAGGGUCUGUCCUGCCCAGACAAGGAGGUUUUUCACGUUGAUGUUUGUACCUGUGGGACAGCAGAGACGUGCUACAGGAAACUGCAAACGCCUUCAUCUGAGCUCGCUGCCCCAGCCAUCGGUCUGAUGUUCCUGGCAAUGUGCUUACUGCUGCUACUUCUUCUUUUCCUACUGUACUGUCAGUGCGGAGGAAAAGAGGCCCUGUUUCCCGAUCAAUUUAACGAUUUGCCGUUUGACACCAAACAACACCUCAUGUCCUACCACACUGAGGGCAAAGGCGAGGCAGUCCCACUCCAAAGUGUCCCUAUCAGGUCCCUAUCAGCACCGGACGUGAACUUUCCAAAGCAGAGAUUAUUAAACAUGGAAAACUAUCAGACCAACACAUACUUUAAUGAAUCCGUGCAGAAAUUUCAGGAAAGCAGCCAAAACUUCAUGGAGGUCGAUGGCUACAGGUUUGCUCGGCAAUCAUUUGACCGCCGCAGCAGCAAAUCUCAGCAAUUCACGAAGCUAGGAUUUGGUACUCAAAAGUCGACUCAUCUCUAUGAGGAUAUGGCUUUACCUGAGUCUUUUCUCGAUCACUACUACACAGAGAAAGCAAUGUUUGUUGAGCUGGGCAAGGAUGGUAUGUUGCAGUUCAAUUACGAGGGACAAGAUUCCUGUGCAGGUUCAGUGGGCUGCUGCAGCCUCCUGGAGCCUGACAAUGACCUACAGUUCCUAAAUGACUUAGAGCCCAAGUUCCAGACUCUUGCUGACAUCUGUUUACCUCCGACACCAAAACCGUCCCUGCCUGACAAAGUCGUAGAUGCUGAUUUAGUAAUCGAUACACAACACACUGUUGAGACAAAACAAGCCAAUGUGAAUACAGAGAAGGUAGUGUCGUCUGUUAACGUCACCAAACCAACCGAACCUCCACCCAUGAAAAUAACUCAGUCUGAGGUCACUAACAUCAGUCAGUCAUCUCACAUCCAUCAGUCAUCUAACAUCCAUCACACUGCUACUUUGCCUUCUCCGGUUCAGACUGUUGUCCUGCAGCAGCAGCCAGUUUACUACACCAGCCCUAUGCUACAACCCAUGCAGUACGUAGUUCAACCACAGAUGCAGACCACAGUUCUUUUGGCAGAUGGGGCCCAUGGAGCCAAUGUUCCAGGACUGUAUGUAGUCAGUGGGUCCCAGACUGCUUCUGGAGUCCCAUUCAAUAUGCCCACAGCCCCUGCUCCUGCUCCUGCGCUAGUUAUGCACGGCUUUGAGAGCCCCAAAAGCUCUGCUAGCCCGACCAGACUUGUCAGCUCCACGCAGUUGCUACCUGGUAGCAUAAACUUGCCCCAGGGCUCAUUCCGUGCAGAGGGUUGGAAAGUCGUAGGAUCAAAUACCAAUGGUAAUCAUGUGAUGGUUAAAAAGAAACCUAAGAAAAGUUUGCCAAGUGUGACAGAUCCUGUGAAUUCAGGCUCAUCUAGGCCCAGAGGUGCUGUCCUGGUAAAAGAGGCUGCUUCCCCUCAGGGGAUAUCAGACACAGCAGCCCAGAAGAGUGUGUAUGGCAUUCUGCCAGGACACACUGUUGCUAAAAAUGGGGGUGUUUUUGCAGGUAAUGGAGGUGGGCAAAUGUGGGGUGGGCAGCCAGAGCAGAUGGGGUAGCCAAGAGUGGCUGGGAUGUGGCCCGCUGGAAUUAGUACAGUGGGUGUUCAGCAGGCCAGUGUAAAUCAGUUCCAAGGAACUUUCACUACUUUAGGACAAACAAUGAAUACCGCUGGUUUCCCAAAGGCAAGUACACUUGAUUCCCAAAAGGAGAACAAUACCAUUGACAAUAAAUAUAACUUCACUCCUAAUGAAAUCAUAAAAUGUCAUCUACCCUCAAAGGAAGAGGUCCAGAUGAGAAAUCUGUUUCAGGACAGCAGUGAUGCAGAUUCAGCAAAUGGCAGAUUGUACAACUGAAGAGUCACCAUCAGAGGAUGUGAUUACCUUCACAUCACAAGAGGACACAAGAGAUGACUAGUGAGUUGGUCCAUGUUGAUAUUAAAAACAAUGUAGGUAUCCAAGAGACUAUAGCUCAAGUGUCAGAAAAGUCCUCAGUUGAUCAUCUAAAUGAAGCCGCUGUGAAACCAUUAGUAGAACCAGAUGUAUUACAUGAAUCAAAAGCAACCGGCAGAUACAGCAAAUUUAAUUUUACUCUUUAUUUUCCUUCUAAGUCCACAUACUAUACCCCCGUACUCUGAUGUGUCUAUUCAAAUUGCAAUUUAAAAUUCAGACGGGGUGUUUUGGGUUUUUUCAACAUGGACGCUAUUGUAUGUUUAUAAGUGAGUUUGAACAACUGGACUGAAGUACAAAGCCAUGUUUAUAGUGGGUCCUUCUGUCUGUUUGCUUUCUUUUUUUCUUUGAUUAUAUACAUUUGAGAUUAUUUCUUGUGCAUACGAUUACAGAUGGACUGUUUUGUGUUUUGUGUGUCUUUCAGUGAGUGAUAUUUUAGAUCGAUAUAACUACAUUUGCGUAACGCAUAACAUAAUUUGUAAAAGCUGUUAAAAUGCUUUUAAAAAGUUAAAAGUCAGUUUAUAUGAUUGGUGGGAAGAAGUUCACAUUGACGCUUCUUUAACUUUAAUUUUCCUACAUCUACAACUGUGUUAGAGCUACAUGUUUUUAUUAGUUGUCAAAAAGCUGCUUUACAGACAAUACUGUGUUUGAUUUACGCGCACACCUGUCUGCACACUUGCAUAUGGGCGUAUGUCUGUCAGUGUGGUGGGAGGGGAAACAUGAUUAACAUAACCUAUCAAACUUUAUUGCAUACUGGUGUUUUUACUACUCACUAUUAAUAAAUGUGACACUGUAUACAAUGUAGUGUUCUUUAGUGUUCUCAUCUGA